AAGAUUUUCGCCGACGUCAUAUAAGUUUUUUCAGAAGAAGAAAAUUGCACUUAUUUUUGCGUUUUGUAUUUUGUUUUAAAGUUGUGCAUAACAUUAUGAUGUAGUUAUGAGUAUUUUGGUUCAAGUUAUUCGUCUCGCUAAACUCGAUCCUCUCCCGGUGGUGCUCAGUCAAAAAAGACAAAGGUUCUUCAACCAGUGGAGGUCGUCUUUCAAAUCAUAUGCAACUUGGGCAACAAAAAUGAAAAAGGAGAAACAAAAGAACGCCGCUGCAGCUGGUGGUGGAGACUCUUCGAAGAAAGUCAAGGAGCUCAAUCCAUGGCCGGCAUAUAUUGAGGAGAGAAAUGUACUGUGGGAAAAGUGCAAGAAAGAGUACGCCGAUGAGCUUGCGGCCAAACCCAGAAUUCCAAUCAAGGUAACCCUUCCCGAUGGCAAAGAAGUCGAUGCCAAGGCAUGGGAAACUUCACCCUACGAGGUAGCCAAGGGUAUCUCCCAGGGUCUAGCUGACAACACAGUGAUUGCGAAGGUAAAUGGCGUCCUUUGGGAUCUGGACCGUGUGUUGGAGGGAGACUGCACAUUGCAAUUGCUUAAAUUCGACGAUCCAGAGGCUCAGGCUGUCUUCUGGCACAGCUCGGCACAUAUGGUCGGCGAGGCCAUGGAGCGAGUCUAUGGUGGACAUCUGUGCUACGGACCUCCAAUUGCAGAUGGUUUCUACUACGACAUGUUCAUCGAAGGCGAUGGCAUCUCCACCAACGACUACCCAGUCAUGGAGAAUAUUGUGAAACAGAUUGCCAAGGAGAAGCAACCUUUCGAGCGUCUUGAGAUGAAGAAGUCCGAUCUGCUGGAGAUGUUCAAGUACAACGAGUUCAAGGUGCGCAUCCUAAACGAGAAGGUGGACACAGAGACUACAACAGUAUACAAGUGCGGGCCACUUAUUGACUUGUGUCGAGGCCCACACGUCCGCCACACAGGCAAGGUAAAGGCAUUGAAGAUCACCAAAAACUCUUCGACCUAUUGGGAAGGCAAGGCUGAUGCAGAGACUCUGCAGCGAGUGUACGGCAUUUCGUUCCCAGACACAAAACAACUCAAGGAGUGGGAGAAACUUCAGGAGGAGGCAGCCAAGCGGGACCAUAGGAAAAUCGGUCGCGAGCAGGAGUUGUUCUUCUUCCAUGAACUCUCGCCAGGGUCGUGCUUUUUCCAGCCACGUGGGGCCCACAUCUACAAUACUCUGAUGAACCUCAUGAAGAGCGAGUAUAGGAAGCGUGGCUUCCAAGAGGUGAUCUCUCCAAACAUCUACAACUCAAAGCUUUGGCAAGUCUCUGGCCAUUGGCAGCACUACGCUGAGAAUAUGUUCUCCUUCGAAUCGGAGAAGGAAACAUUCGCACUGAAGCCGAUGAACUGUCCCGGGCAUUGUUUGAUUUUCGACACCAGGAAUCGUUCGUGGAGGGAGUUGCCUCUUCGUAUGGCUGACUUCGGUGUACUUCAUCGAAAUGAGUUGUCUGGAGCUUUGACUGGGUUGACUCGAGUGCGUCGUUUCCAACAGGAUGAUGCGCAUAUUUUCUGUGCUCCUGAACAGAUCAAGAGCGAAAUGAAGGGAGCACUGGAUUUCCUUCGCAGCAUUUAUACAAUCUUUGGAUUCUCCUUCAAUCUGGUGUUGUCCACACGCCCAGAGAAGUACCUGGGAGAGUUGGAAGUGUGGAAUGAAGCUGAAAAGGCUUUGGCUGAAUCCUUAGAUGAAUUCGGUCUGCCCUGGAAAGAGAAUCCCGGCGAUGGAGCUUUCUACGGACCAAAGAUUGAUAUUACCAUUCAUGAUGCUCUGAAGAGAUCCCAUCAAUGCGCCACCAUUCAAUUAGAUUUCCAGCUGCCCAUUCGAUUCAACUUGAACUACGUUUCCGAAUCUGGCGAGAAGAAGCGUCCAGUUAUCAUUCAUCGAGCCAUUCUCGGUUCCGUCGAGCGUAUGAUUGCCAUUCUCACAGAGAGUUACGCCGGUAAAUGGCCCUUCUGGCUGUCACCCCGACAAGUGAUGGUCGUUCCAGUUGGACCACAAUUCGAUGAAUAUGCUCAAUCGGUAAAGGAUCAACUCCACAAUGCUGGAUUUAUGGCCGAAGCAGAUCUCGAUGCUGGAGAUACCAUGAACAAGAAGAUUCGUAAUGCUCAGUUGGCUCAAUUCAAUUUUAUUCUAGUUGUUGGUGAGAAGGAACGUUCCUCGGGCACUGCCAAUGUCCGUACUCGAGAUAACAAAGUUCACGGUGAACUGUCCAUUGCCGAUUUGAUUGUCAAACUAAAUAAGAUCCGAGAUGAAUUUAUCUUGAAUGAGGAUAACUUUUAAAUAAAUAAAACCAGAACAUUGUUACACAAAACACACAUAAUAAUUAUAUUUAUGGAAAUGAAAUAUUAUUAAUAAAUUAUUUGUCAAGCUUCUCUUUUUGGCCAAUUGAUGGCUAAAUAAUAUUGGAAA